UGAGAGGGAGUGAAGGUGGGAGCACGUGGCCACCCAAGCGUAGCUCCUCCAGCCUGGAGAACUGGUGCUCCCAGGGGCUGAGCUGGACCCGAAGGGAGCCUCCCUCCCUCUUACCUUAAGCCCUGAUCUGCAGCGAUCCCGGAGCGUCACUCCUCCGGUGUGAGCGUGUGGAGACGGCUGGCUGGUUCAUUGGCGUCCCUCCGCGGGUGGCGCACAGGCCAGGCCUGGCCAGGCAGCGAUGGCUGAUGAGAAGACCUUCCGCAUCGGCUUCAUCAUGCUGGGGCUCUUCCUGCUGGCCCUCGGCACGUUCCUCAUGAGCCACGACCGGCCCCAGGUCUACGGCACCUUCUACGCUGUGGGCAGUGUCAUGGUGAUCGGGGGUGUCAUCUGGAGCAUGUGCCAGUGCUACCCCAAGAUCACCUUUGUACCUGCUGACUCUGACUUCCAAGGCAUCCUGUCACCGAAGGCGCUGGGCCUGCUGGAAAACGGGCUCACUGCUGAGAUGAAGAGCCCCCGGACCUCCUACGUCAGGCUGUGGGAGGAAGCCGCCUAUGACCAGAGCCUGCCGGACUUCAGCCACGUGCAGAUGAAGGUCAUGGGCUACAGCGAAGACCCCCACCCCGUCCUGGCUCCUAAGCCGGGACGGCCACAGCCAGGAGCCAACGAUGGGGGAGAAGGUGGUCCUCGCGACCCUCAGGCCUUGUUGGAAGCCGCCGUGGUCAUCCACAGAGGCUCGGACCAGGACGAGGGAGAAAGAGACCCAAGUCAGGGCAGGCCCGGCCCCCCGACCUGUCCCCAGGGCCCUGCACCCUUGGCUUCCUUCCAAGAUGACCUGGACGUGGGCCCCAGUGAGGGCAGCAGCCCCAACCUGGUACCAUCUGAGGGGGCGGAGCCCCGGCCUGCACCCCCGGAGCCCCAGGCUUGCAGGUGCCGGCUGGACCGCUUCCACGACUUUGCCCUGAUUGAUGCCCCAGCGUUGGAGGGUGUGCCUCCAGAGAAGCAGCUACAGGUGGCAGCCCUGCCCAGCUCCUGGCAGAGACCCCCGAGGGCAAAGCGGGAGGAAGAGGAGGCUUCGGACGCAGGUACAGAGGAGCCGGAGCAGGAAGAGGAAGACUUGUACUACGGGCUUCCCGACAGCCCUGGGGACCCCCUUCCAGAUAAGGAACUGGGCUUUGAGCCCGACGCCCAGGGCUGACAUGGAACUGCUCCCUGGGUUCUAGCCUGGCUCCGGGGCUAACCCCGACGUGACCACACAGGACUUCAGUUUCACUACCUGCAAAAUGGGGUUAGAUGGAGGUUCACAGGAGACAGUGGACCCGAGAGCAUUUUGAGAACUGCACAGAAAUGCACAGGGAGGAGAUGACUACAUUACUGGGCCAUUGCUGUUCCGAUUAUUAAUACUUUUUGUAAAGCUUUGAAGGUAAAACAUGAUUAGUUGAGAAGAUCUGCAGCAGCCAGGGCCCUCAAGAGCCCUUUCUGCCUCCCCCCAGAGCUGGCCUCUGAGCAGGAACCCUCCUGGGUGCUACCCCCGUGUCCCCGAUCCUCUGUGAAGGCCUCUCAGGGUUCUCGUUCCUGUUGCGUCUUUUAGUGCAGCCGGGGGAUGGCGUGAUUCGUCUUCACUCAGAGCUGACGUCCCCGGCCCGCAUCCCUCCUGUGGCUCCUGUAACUCUGGGAUCCAACACCUUCCAUGAGUGACCUCUGCUGACCUCCCAGCUUUCUCCCUGGUCAGCCCCACCCCACGCUCACCCUGCUGCCCCAUGCCCUUGCCAAGCUGUCUCCUCUGCCCGGAUGCCCUUUGUCCCCUGUCUGCCUGGCAAAUUCAGGCUCAUCCUUCAAACCUCUGCACAGACAUCCCUCUUCUGAAAGCUUUUCCUGAUGUCACCACUUCUGGGCCGAGUUAGUUCUGGCUCCCGUGUGCCACCUCUGGGCCAUCUCUGGGCCUUGUGCAUUUAUCAUGGAGCAUGGCUGCCUGCUCAAGGUCAGCACCUUUGCUUUACUCACCUCGGUCUCUCCUGUGCCCAGCUGGUGGUCACCGAGCAUGUACAGAAGUGACCAGAACCCACGAGCCUUUUGCAGGGAAUGCUGCCUCCCCCACUUCCCUGAGUCUCAGACUCCUGACUUAACUAACUUGGUUCAGGUGGCAUUUACUGAGCAUCUACUGUGUGCCAGACACUAAGCUGGGAUCUUUAGGAGGAAAGAGACACAAACUGAUGACAGUUCUCACCCUCGAAGGGCUCCCAGUCCACUGAGCCUGGUGUCUUGUAAGUUAGCACAGAGUGCAGAGCACAAACUGAGGUGGGAACAGAGGAGUUAAAAAUUGUCACACCAGAAGCAGCAGAGUGACACCCACGCAACCGUUGGGGCCAUCGAGCGCAGGGACAAAUAGCUCCAGCUGCCUGAGCAGCCCCUGGAGAUAUCACCGUAUGGUAGCAUCACCGAGUGACGCUUUUCUUAGGCUGAUCUCUGCAAAGCCCCUCUGCGCCCCGUCAAAGGGAUGGUGGCACUACCUCAUCCUACGUCCCCACAUUCAGAGCUUGCAGCCUGGGCCUCCUGAGAGGGCUGGCCUUCACCUGGGCUGGGCCUCUGGGUCAGGGUUGGGGUCACGGCCAAGGGAAGGGCACGCCCCUAGGACCCCCUCCCUCUCCUUUCUGGGUCAUUGCUACCUCCCGUAGGAAAGCCUCUGCUGUAACAGAUGUUCCUGCUCACGGCCCGUUCCUGCUCUCUGCUCACUCACGCAGGGAAGGGGUGACCGCAUCAGAAAGAACACCAGUGUGAAAGGCUAAAAUAAAAAAGUUUUCAGUGUU